AUGAGUGCCGCUGCCGCCUCUGCGUGGAUUGGGCGCUCGCACUGCCGACAGGUGAAUGAUGCGACCCAGGUGAGCUUACUCUUGGCUGCCUCUGUUGGGAUUAUAUUGGCGAUCCGUGAUGCCGUUGGCACAUACCAGCACGGCUGCAUCGUGCACCAACGGUACGGCUUCCGGACGUUCUGCGUGGUGGAGCUUCUUGACUCGCUGUUCCUGCUUCCAUGUACCUUUCAACUGAUCUGCCUCACCGUCAACUAUGAUGAUCGAGUUCAGUCACGGUUGCAGGAGGCGAGGCUGGAGAAGGAACGGCUGUCGGCUGCGUAUCAUCGGUGCAUCCAGGAGAUGGAUGAGAAGCUGCGUGCUGUUUCCGAGUCCAACAUCCUUCUGGCGGAACGAUCGUUUGCAGACAGGAAGAGAGAUUUUGCGGCCUUCUUGGGGCAGUUGAUCGUUUGGUGCCCUCGUGUGCCAGCACACCAGCAGGAGCUGUUGAGGCAUGAACUACGCAGCUUCGUUGAUCUCUGGCUGCGGGUCUAUGGCGAAGCGUCAAUCGACCCCGGCAAGAGGCUGCAGUUCGACUGCUCGGUGUUGGACAAGUGCAAGACGGCAGAGGAGCUGUUGCGAGCAGCACAAAGCAUCACGCAGUCGGCGGGCACAAUGGUGGGUGAUUCCUACGAGUCGCACCUGCACACGUUGAAUGCGCUGAAAGAUUCCGAGCCGCCUGCCACGCAUGGACGGCGAGAGCAAAUCAGGCGAAGCUUACGCGAGCCCUCGUACGUCACCCGACGAUCCUCGUGGUGGCAAUGCCUUCCAGGGCGUUGCUACUUGGAUUGUGCAGCUUCCGAGGACCGGUUGGUCGACCUUUCAUGCUGCAUUUGCAGAUUGCAGCUGUUGAGUACAGACCAUGCUUUGCUCUUGCUGGCUCUGCUUGUCGGCAUUGUGCUGAUUGCAGUCACAGCGCUUUUCCCAUUGCUGAGCACGGACAGGACCUGGAGAAAAGUUGGGGUUGACUUCCUCUUGGAUGCGGCUCCGGUUGCCAUCUACGUGGUGUGCUUAGCCAUGCUUCUUGCUCGUAUCGAACGGAUCAGUGCCCUGAUUGCAAUGCGGCGGGAGGUGUAUCAGGCACAGGAGAUGCAAACCUUCGCCGGCGCUGUCAAGGACGACUUGCUCUCAUAUUGGGCUGCCGUCAGUGACAUAACUGAUCUGUGGUGCAAUCGCACAUUGCCUCGCCUGGAGCUUCUGAAGGAGCUGCACUGCCAGCUAAGCUCUUCUUCCCCGGAGCAGCUAGCAACGAGCCUGCGUGACCUCAACGGCCGUCUAUGCAAGCUGGAAGAUGCAGUCGGCGAUGUCAAGGACUGGUGGACAGCGCAACAUGAAGGGCGAGCUCCUCAACUGCAGCCACGGGUUAGCAUGCUGCUCCGCUCUCGGACUUUGGACGGAUUGGAGGAUGGCGCGCCAAGCAGCUUCUCAGACCGACUAGACUCAAUGAUCGUCGAGAUCAGCAGCCAGGCUGCCAGCACAAGCCACGGGCCACUGCAGAUGGCAGAUUUUCUUCGAGACAGCGCUGGACAAAGCUUCCAGACAGACUCGCCCGGCACUUUAGAUCUGGACGUCGAGACCGGUGCAAGGAGACAAUCGCUUUUGUCCUUCAUAGGGGAGCAAGGCGCAACGGCACCGGAUCCGCAAGGUGGUUUGCGGAACCUCGACUCCUUCUGUGUGGGUGCCAGUGACGGGCAUCGUACCAGCACCGAUUGA